GUUCAUUUAUAACACAGGUUUAUUCUGUCAGCUUCCAAUGAAGGCAGGAUUUAUCAAUUGCUAAUUUUCAUAGAGAAGUUUUUCUGUAUCCAAAAGUUUUGUUAAUGGUUAAAGAGGAUAAACUUCAAGAAGGACGCGUUACGGAGAAAUCGUUCUGUAAAUAAAGGCCUGGUGACAAUAAAAAAUUACAUAGUCGGCUAUCUCGACCGUCAUGUCCUCAAAUCCAAAUCCAGUACAAAAUCCUGCACCUUAUGAGAAUGCGGCUUAUUCGAUGGUAUUGAAUUCAGAUGCAUUAUCGCCGGAAGAAGAUGAUGACAUGAAUUUAGAUCAAGAAAAAGACGAAAAUGUUGAAAUGGAAGAAGAAAAGCAGGAUGAUGACGAGGAAGGAGACGAAGGGGAAGCCGAAAAAAUCGGCGAAGAAGAAUUGGAUGCGGACGAGUUAGAAGAUGAAAACGAAGAAGAAACACAAGAACAGGAAGACCUAAAGUUAGAGAAAAAAGAUUCAAAGUUUGACGAGGAUCCUAUAGAAAAAUUGAAGGAAAGAGCGAUCAAAGCUGAUUUUUAUGAUAUUAUUCCAACCUUAGCUAUUCCUAUGGCCACAAAUGUGAACACCUUUGCCUUUACGUCUGAUAUGAAAUGGCUGUUCACCGGUGGGGAAGAUGGUUAUAUUCGAAAAUAUGACUUUUUUCCAAGUAUUAACGGUGACCUGUCUCUGACGGUCGCUCAAAGGCAUCCAUUCGUUGAUACUGUCACAAAGGCUGGUAUUUUAUUGAAUUACUGGGGAAAUGGUUACGAUGAACAGCCUCCUUCUCCCGUUUACAGCUUAGCUGUGCAUUCAAGAGGUCUCUGGGCCCUUUCUGGAAUUGAUAAUGGAGACAUUGUCUUGUAUUCAACUCGACAUCAGGAAGGAUAUCCAGUAACAUCUCUAAAAAAGCAUAAUGCUCCUGUAUCUUGUUUGACGCUUCAUCCGUCUGAAAAAAAAGUCUUAAGCGGAAGCUGGGACAAAGUGGUCCAUAAUUGGGAUUUAAAUACAGGAGGCGUGAUCUCUUCAUAUGCUGGGGAAUGCGGUCAAAUUUCUGGAAUAAAAUAUCGCCCGACUGAAGUGCCCACUUCUUUGGGAACUGAUUCUGAUGAUAUGAGAAGCUUAUUUGGAACACCCUCAAGCAAUGGAUCCUAUGACGAUUUUGAUGAAGAAGUAGAAAAGGCUAUAGACGAAGAAACAAAAUCCAUGCAAGCACCAGAAGAAACUGAAGAAAAUGCUGGAAACUCCAACAAAACUGAAAAACAAACAACGUUAAAUAAAGAGAAGGAGAAAGAGAAACUCAUCCCAGAAGAAAAUAACGCCUCUUCUGACACUUCUCUUACAAACCUUAAUCGAACAACUAUGGAAGAUCCUAAUGUUUUCUUGACAGUUUCGAUAGAUGGAGUAAUGAAUGUUUGGGAUCAUCGUAUGCCAGAUUCGGUCAUCAAGUAUCCCGUACCAAAAGGAGUUCCUCCAUGGUCUAUGUCUGCAUGCUGGGGUGUAGACGGCAGCAGCAUAUAUGUUGGCCGUAGGAAUGGAAUUGUGGAGGAAUUCAACAUCCAUUCCGGAACGAGCCCCGUAAGAUCUUUAAAAAUGCCACUUGAUUCAGGACCUGUCUCGAAUGUUUGUCCCAUGAUUAAUGGUCGACAUUUGGUAAUUGCUUCUUUUGACAAUGUUCGCUUGUAUGAUCUUCAAAGCAAAUCUGGAAUUGGAUUUUUGAUUGUUCCUGGGCAUCACGGAGGGCUUGUGAGUGGUUUGCAUGUUGAUCCAUCAUGUAGAUUCAUGUUUACGGCUUCAGGAAAUAGAGGUUGGCAAGGAACUACGACGGAGGUAUUGAUGGGAUAUCAAAUCAAUGUUCUUCCAUGAAUUACUUUAUGAUUGACAUGGACUUAUUUAUUCAAGACAAGACGGCACUCUAUGUAUGGCUAAAAAAUUUUAUGAAUGACGAUCGUUUUGGUUCCGCUUCUUCUUAAGAUACCAUUUUCUUUUUAAACUUUCUUUUAAUAACACUUUUAUAAUGAGAUGACAACGUUUUUGUAUCGGUUUGUUAAAACUUCUUUUCGUUCUGUAAGAUCCAAUAAAUCAGAAGUUUACUGCUU